ACAGACUACAAUGCCACAGUCACUGUCCCAGAUUGCCCGGGUCCUGAACGAAUACUGACUAUUAUAUCAAGUAAUGACAAUGCUUUGAAAGUUUUGGGCGAAGUUAUGGGUAAUUUAGAAGAUGGUGGUUCAAGAUUUAAACGUGGUGGAGCUGGUGGUGGUCAAGGUAAUAACGAUAAUCAAGGAGAGACUGAUGUCGAUGUUAGAAUGUUGGUACACCAAAGUCAAGCUGGGUGUAUAAUCGGAAAAGGAGGAUUAAAAGUGAAAGAGCUAAGAGAGAAAACUGGAUCACGGAUUAAAAUUUACACAAGUUGUUGUCCUAUGAGUACUGAUAGAGUUGUACAAAUAACUGGAAAGCCAAAUACUUGUUCAGAUUGUGUAAGGGAAGUCCUGGAUUUAUUAAAAACUGCCCCUGUUAAGGGAGCAGAAGAUCCUUAUGAUCCCAAUAAUUUUGAUGAAUACUAUUCUGAUGAAUAUGGUGGUUAUGGUAAUCCAGCUGGUGGUGGUGGUAUGAGAGGUGGUAAUAUGAAUCAACGUGGACCACCUGGACCAGGAAGAUUCCAAGGCGGUGGUGGUGGUGGACCUAUGAAUAAUCGGGGAAUGGCUUAUUCCAGAGGCGGCGGAGGUGGCCGUGGAGGUGGUGGCGGUUUUGGCGGCGGUGGAGGUGGAGGAUUCAAUAAUACUGGUGGAGGAAAUUAUGGAGGCAAUACUGGAGGCUAUGGUGGCGGACCAGGUGGUUAUGGAAAUAAUGUUGGCUCUGGAAACUUUGGCGGUGGUGGUGGAGGAGGUUAUGGUGGUGGAUUUGAUGAUGGUCCUAUGAGUGAUUUUAGUAUGCCUCCUCCAGCUAUGGGUCCUGGAGCUGGAAAACCUGCGGCUUUUAAUGGUUCUACGCAAGUCACAAUUCCGAAAGAUCUCGCGGGCGCGAUAAUCGGCAAAGCCGGCGCUAGAAUACGCCGUAUACGCCAAGAUUCAGGAGCCGGAAUCACUAUUGGCGAACCAACUGAAGGCUCAGAUGAACGAAUAAUCACUAUAAAUGGCACAGACAGUCAAAUUCAAAUGGCACAAUAUUUAUUACAACAAUGCGUUCAAGCCCAAAAACCUGGAGGUCCUGGUGGCGAUGGCUUCAUGUAAAUAAUAAUAAUAAUAAUAAUAA